AUGGGGAAGAACACCUUCGUUGCGAUCAGAAAUCCUUUUGACAAAUCACAAGAAAUAGUAAUUUAUCCACACAUCGGGAAAAGAGAGCGUCCAAAUUUAGAGGGUGAAGAUCUAAGACUAUGCAAGUUCGCAAAGUUCUUCUGCGGAAAGGCGAACAAAACCAAUGUGCGGCCACAUCGUGAUAGUGUUAUCGCCGCUUUCUGCCAACUACCCGGUGGAGCAAUCUCAACACGUUCUCAAUGUGCGUCUUCAGCUUCUCAACUCGGAGUUGAUCCACAGUUAACAGGACACUGCUCUACGGGAUCUUCAAAGACACGGAACUCCAAGUCUUCAGCUUCUCAUCCCGGAGCUUCAAUGACACCGGAAACCGCUUCAUCUUCUUUGAAAGACAAACCCAUUCUCGUCGAUAAAGAGAACAUGGAUAAAAAGCCACCAAGGAAAUUGUGGGUACGAAUAUUCGAAAAAAUGUGGAUUAUCCCAAAGGAAGAUUCGGUGACUGAUGAAACGGAAAAGAUGUCAUCUUCCGCGAUACAAGCAACCAAAGAAAACCUGGAAACAAAACCCCAGACGCCUAGGGUAUUUCGAGAAGUAAAGGUUGCUAGUGUCCCUGGGAAGGAGAAGAAAAAGAAGCAAAAAAUAGGAAUUAGAGCUCCAGUAAGAUUUGUAGAAACGGUAGAGACAAGACCUCUACGAGAAUUUGAUCCAGCUUCAGUAGCGAAUACUUCUGAUAAAGAGGACGCGAUAUGUGAACGCUCUGUAUCUGAAGUGAUACCGAGUUCCUCAUCAAAAAGAAAUCUGUCAAAGCUUGAUGAGCGGGACAAUGUACUAAGCACUUUUUCUGGAAAUAACACAUCUGUCAUAGUGAUCAACUCAGUUUCAACACAGGAUGAUAGAGGACGAGAAGGAAUUAGGAAAGUUGAGAAUAGGAUGAAACAAAGGGGUGAAUCCGUUGCGGGCACAAAGGGCACUGAAUCAGCAACUGGUAAAAGAAGUCGCAGGCCAGCCAUCAAGAGAAGGGAAGUCUUCAAGAGACCAGAUAUAUUAGCUGUAACAAACGAGGACACAUCUGAGAUAUAUUUUUCAUCAGACGAUGACACAUUAUCCAACAAAAGAGAUAUCAAAAAGAUCGUAAGUAAUUGUGACCAACUGAGUCAAGCUCCUUUGGAUCAAACGCCAACUAAUGGCAGGAAUAAUGAUCUACCAGAAGGGAAUGAACAGGAUUUGUGUGCCAAGUUCGGCAAACUCAUUAGAGAUUUCAAGCGCGAUUUUAGGGCAAUUGUAAACAACCCCCAAGGACGCGGUCCCAGUGAGAGAGCGCAUAACUAUGGAGAUAGUUCAGAAGAGGAAAGUUCUGCAAUAACAGUUGCCACCACGAUCUCUAUAAACUCUGAAUUAGCAUCAUCAUCGCCAGUUUCCGAAGGUGAAACAGUCCUCCCAAUAUCCAGCAGUCGACUCAGCAACCAGGAUCUCCUUUACUCAGUCCGACACAGUCUGAACACUAGCUGUAAUGCGAGGGAUUUACCAGCACCAUCAAGAAGACAUAAUGGAAAGAACAUCACGACAAAUAAAAAUCAGAAUAUUAGAAAAUACCCAAGGGAGUUACCAAUGCCACCAAGCUUCAAUUUCAGCAGACAUAGAAAGUUGCGCAUACCACCAAGCAAGCGUAGAGAGUUGCCGAUUCCAUUAAGCAAGCAAAGAGAGUUGCCGAUACCACCAAGCAAGCUCAGAGAGUUGCCGAUACCAUCAAGCAAGCACAGAGAGUUGCCGACACCACCAGGCAAGCAUAGAGAGUUGCCGAUAUCAUCAAGGAGUCAUAGAGAAUUGCCGAUACCAUCAAGGAGGCAGGGCAAAUGCUCUCCUCUAAUGAACUUCACAUCCUUACAAUGUCCCAAGUCAACACCACAGCAAUGCAACAUGCUGUUUCCUUCUGAAAUGAGCCUUUACGCUCCACAACAAAGACAAGUUAGAGUACCAGAAUGUCGAAGUGCUUUCUCGCGAACACCACUUGAAAAGCAAGCCAGAUACCAUCGAGUCAAAACCUAG